AGAAUAAGCACAAAAAAAUACGAAAGGCGCAAGCCACGGCCCAGCGAGCAGCGGCGCUGGGCACAUGGGCGGCGAGCGAGGCGCAACGCCGGCGGACAGCAGUUGUUGCGAGGAGAGCAUCUGAAGCGAGCUGCCGUCGGCGCGGGCGGACUCGUGAAAGCGCAAGGCGCGUCAGCCGCAGGUGUGCGCGCCUCCACCGGCAAGCAGAGCCCCGGCCCUUGAGCCGCCGCGCGCGCGCGCUCGCGCCCACGACGCUGUUCUGCCGUCACUGCUGCCCACCGAGGCGCGUCCCCCCAUGCGCGCACUUAGGCCUAGCUAGAAGAACGCCGCCGCACGAGACGAUCACCACGACGACACACGCACGGGGCCGGAUUACGAGAGGCGAGCAAAGCGGCGCAGCGCGACCACGUCCCUCAUGUCCGUGGCCAACACCGAGAGCUCGAUGACUCUGAGCCAGAGCAUGGAUUCCGUCAACACGGUAGCCGAGGAAGAGGUGAGUGUGCCAUGCUGUUGUUCUUGCUCGGCGGAACCGUGCGGCGUUCAUUCGGUGCGGACACUCUUCGUGAGUGGCCUUCCCAUGGACGCAAAGCCCAGGGAACUCUACCUGCUAUUCCGUGCCUACAAGGGUUAUGAAGGAUCUCUGCUGAAAGUCACACAAAAGAAUGGAAAGACAUCUUCGCCAGUAGGUUUUGUAACAUUUUCCUCACGAGCUGGAGCAGAAGCCGCCAAGCAGGAGCUUCAACAGGGCGUGCGGUUCGACCCCGACCUUCCACAGACCAUCCGGCUCGAGUUCGCCAAGAGCAACACAAAGGUUAGCAAACCGAAACAGCAGUCUCCUCCCGCCGCGGCCACGCACCCGACACUCCUGCACCCUAUCACGGGACAAGAAAUCGGCGCCGCCCUGCUGCCGGGGACCCACGACGGCUGGCCACACCACCCUCUCUCCUACGCUGAAGUGCCCGUCACCACUACCCUGCACACUGCGGCUCUCAUGCACCCGGCCCUCCAUGCGCAGCUGCCCCCUCCGUUGACGAUGCCGCACCCACUGUCGCACGCGGCGCUGGCCGGCAGUGCAGCUGCGAUGCACGCCACCAUGCCGCCCCCGCACCUGGUCACCAGCCCGGCGCUCGCGUCACCUGUCGGCUCCACCUCGUCUUCGGCUGCCGCAGCGGGAACGCCACCCUGCUCCACGCUGUUCGUGGCCAACUUGGGACAGUUCGUCUCCGAGCAGGAGCUCAAGGACCUCUUCGGAAGUUUCCCGGGUUUUUGCCGCUUGCGUAUGCACAAUAAAGGUGGCGCUCCCGUAGCUUUUGUCGAAUAUCAAGACGUCCGCCUUGCAACACAUGCUAUGAAUGCCUUGCAGGGCUGUGUACUGUUCUCCUCAGAUCGAGGUGGAGUCCGCAUUGAAUUCGCCAAAAACAAGAUGGGAGAGGUCUCAUGCAGUAUCGGUGUUAGCAGACCUCAUGAUGGCAAUGUAGAUGUCAGCGCCACGCGCUCGUUAUGGAUGCUAUUCGGUGACGCCUGGUAUCCCGUGAAUGAUGAACUGCAACAGUCGAGAAAACGCUUCAAGUUUCCUUAGGUGAAUCUCGGUGUGUGUUCGAGAGGUGUACACAGCAGGCUGCAGUGCAAGCAACCAAAGGCGAAGGCUUGGACAAUAUUUUCAGUACAUUGCAUUAAUCGCGUUUCCCGUGGGAGGCGCCACUAGUUUGUGAUGAAAAAAAAAAAAGUUAUUUAGGCAAGCAAUGAGUGUUUAGUGAAUAUUUUUUUUCUGGUUUUCUUUUGUUUUGUAUACUGUCUUAUUGUCUUGCUACCCUUUAUAGUGCUUCGGCGUAUCGGCACAGCGCUGCUUUUAUUCGUGUGAGGUGACGAUACUGUAUUGGUGUGAUAGAUGAGUAUAGUUUAGAAGUCUGUUGUGCGGAGCGCCGACUACCUUUGACGCUUCAAAACGUCUUUAUCGGGAGUGUCUCAGUACGCGCUUAGUGUUCAUUUCCUCAAGUUUUGUCUUCUGAAAGCUGUCCUUGCUGAUACAGUGCAUCCCGACGUCUUGUGCUUACAUUCACGCGGUUGUGCCAUGUGUUGGAUCGCGCUUGCGGAAAAUUGCGGAAAAGGAUAUUUGUGAACUCUGCAUGAUACUCCAAAGUACAGCCAGCUAAUACAACUAUCGCGAAUAGAUGUUGAGACCAAAGAGACAGCUGUUUGAACCGAAAAACAGAAAGAAGAAAUUGGGUUCACAAUGUUGUACUAGUCACAGUGUACAAAGAAAAACUGUAAUCACUAUAUUUAUAGCAAGACGAUCUUUAUCGUGUGUCUUCAUUAAGAUAUAUCCUAAAUUUAAAGCUUAACUUAUUUAAUUAAUAGUGGGAACUUUUAUUGUGCUAGCACUCAAAAUAAGAUGCGGACUUUUUAAGAAUAGUACUGUGAACAGGGAAAGCGUAACAUCACAGACAUCAAAGCAUACUUUGCUUCAGAGAUAUAUUUUUGUGAGCCAGUAACGUUCCCAGUGACCUUCAAAUCCAACUGACUUUGUGUAUUCUUUGAACUCAUUACUAAUGCCUUUUCUCUAUCAAUAAUCAUUUGCUUUUCAUUAUUUUUGGGUCGUGCCGAUAUGUUUAUUUUGUUAUGUAAUUUACAAGUGCUACUUUUUUCAUUCAUAACCAUUGAAUAUGUUACUGCUUGUUUGGACCAUUUUUGCAUGAUUAUUCUGUAUUGUAUUUUUUGUUACUAAAGCUAUUUAAUUAUAAACAUUGA